UCUCUCUCUCUCUCUCUCUCUCACACACACCAACCAACAGAGCCACGCACACAGACACAGGCAGCUUUUAUUACAACCCUCCACAGCGAGAACAGGGAGUAAGACAGAGGGAGAGAGAAGAAUUCCUCCACUUGUUUCCCUGAGGUUCAGGAAGGAAUGGCGGCAAACGCCAGUACCCAGCCCCGGGUUCUGUUCCAGACCUCCGAGAAGGUGGAAGAGGAGACCUCCCAGCGCAAACUGGGCAAGCUGACGGUCAAGUACAACCGCAAGGAUCUGCAGAGGAGGCUGGAUAUUGAAGAGUGGAUUGAUGGGCAACUGCACCUGCUUUACGACUGCGAGGAGGAAGAGAUUCCAGAGUUGGAAAUUGACAUAGAUGAACUGAUUGAACUUCCAGAUGAAGAGCAGCGAGCCAAGCUUCAGGAGCUUCUACAGGAGUGCGGCAAACCCAAAGAGGACUUUAUCAAUGGACUGCUGUAUCGAAUGAAAGGAGUUCGAAAGAUGUCAACAACACAGAGGAAGUGACCUUGAAGGACGCUGAGGAGUGACAGCACCUUUUCUAGUUGUCUGGAUUUUAGUAUGUAAAUAUGUUCUUAACAGAACUAAUGUCUGGACAGGAAACUGUUCACACAACAAUGGGUCAAUAUUAGACUGGACGAAAAUGGACUUCUGGACUUAUUCUGAAAUCUAUUUAUAUACAUUUGGACUUUUUGAAUCUUGUGUAAAAAUGGCACAGUACCAGUGUUUUUUUUUUUAUUUUUUUUUUUUAAAAUUUUGUGAACAAAUUAAAAAAACAAACAAACAGAUGACCACUUUAUCAAUCAAAUAUUUAUAGAACCUCCUUUGUGGACUUACCUGCAAUUUAUAUUCUGUGGUGUUCAGAAAUAUUGACGCCUUCUAAUAAUUCCAAUGUUAUUCACCUGAGUAUGUGCAAUAAAUGUUGGUUUUGAUUAAA